GAUUGUAUUGGAGGAGGAGUUUGAGCGUGAGGUGCGUGAUGGCUAUAGGAGCAGUUGCAAAUUCCACUCUUCUCCUAUCUUCUAAACCCAAUCACUUCUCCUUCUCCCUCACCAAAACGUCGCCGUUUCUUUCUCUUCUCUCUCCUCGCCUACGCCGCUUCCUUUCUGUUUCUUCUCUAACCGCCGACCACCACAACCUCUCUGAUUUCGGAGAUGGUGAUGGCGUUGGAAUUUCAAGUCAAGGUUCGAAGACCCUUCUCAAAGGGAUGACUUACCCUGAUCUUGAAAAAUGGGUUUACUCACAUGGAUACAGGCCUGGGCAGGCCAUGAUGUUAUGGAAGCGAAUGUAUGGAAACAACAUUUGGGCCCAACAUGUUGAUGAGUUGGAAGGAUUGAAUAAAGAUUUCAAGAAAAUGUUGAAUGAAAAUGCCGCGUUCAAGGCACUUGCUCUGAAAGAAAUUCACACAGCAUCUGAUGGAACAAGAAAGAUUUUAUUCACAUUGGAUGAUGGGCUGGUCAUAGAAACAGUUGUCAUACCUUGUGACCGAGGUAGGACUACUGUAUGUGUUUCAAGUCAAGUUGGGUGUGCCAUGAAUUGUCAGUUUUGCUAUACUGGAAGAAUGGGUCUUAGGAGACAUCUUACUGCUGCAGAAAUAGCAGAGCAGGCUGUUUCUGCCAGACGCUUGCUCACAGAUGAAGUUGGCUCCAUCACAAAUGUUGUCUUUAUGGGCAUGGGGGAACCAUUUCAUAACAUCGAUAAUGUCAUUAAAGCUGCAAAUAUAAUGGUGGAUGAGCAAGGGCUUCAGUUCAGUCCUCGCAAAGUCACUGUCUCAACCAGUGGGCUUGUUCCACAGCUCAAACGUUUCCUCCAUGAAUCUAACUGUGCAUUAGCUGUUAGUUUGAAUGCAACUACCGAUGAGGUAAGAAACUGGAUCAUGCCUAUAAAUCGAAAGUAUAAACUGGACUUGCUUCUUCAGACACUUCGAGAGGAGCUUCGUCUCAAAAAGAACUACAAAGUCCUGUUUGAGUAUGUGAUGCUUGAAGGAAUUAAUGACAGUGAUGGAGAUGCAGAGAGGCUUAUCGAGCUUGUGAAGGGCAUUCCUUGCAAGAUUAACCUAAUCUCAUUCAAUCCUCACAGUGGAUCAUUGUUCAGACCAACCAAAGAGGAAAGGAUGAUUGAAUUCCGUAACACAAUUGCUAGGGCAGGAUUGACAGUCUUUUUAAGACUUAGUAGAGGUGAUGAUCAAAUGGCUGCUUGCGGUCAACUGGGUAAGCCUGGCACCAUUCAAGCUCCACUGCUUCGUGUUCCACAGCAAUUUCAAAUGGCAAUUGGAGGUUCAUCUUGAUUCAUUGUGGAAGAUACUGUUAACAGAAUUCUUCCGUACGAUCCUUGUGGUGGUGGUAGCUAUGCUCACUUCAUAUUGAGAAUGCAAAAGACAAAGAGCUAAACAAGGGGGGUGUCUGUCUCCAUAUUGCUUAAUUCCUAUUUUACAGUUAAUUGACAUUAUUUUUUAUAAAUGUGAAAGAUCCAAAUUCUUUACUGACUAAAAA